AUGAGCUUACUAAUGGAUCCAAAAGUUUUCGAAGUAAAGGAUUAAAACUCAAUGCAACAAUUAUUGUCAUUUCUUAGUUUAGAAAUUCAACUUGAUGGGUAAAGGUACAUUUUUAAAGAUGACUAACAAUUAAAAAAGUUUGAAAGAUUUAGAUCUUUAAUUGACUCUAUAAACGAAAUUUUUCCCAAUUUUUAAAUGAAGAUUAAACCAAAGUUAGGUUUCAACACUUAAAAUCAAAAUUCAUCCUUCAAAAAUGAUCAAGAUGAAAUUUGUCAAAAGAAUUUAUCAACCCAAAUUAAUUCAGAUUAGAGUUUAACUAAUAAUAAAGGUGAUUAAUCCUCUUAAAAAUAUUGUGAAACACCAACUGAUUAAGGAGAGCCUUAACUUCAAUAGGAGUAAAUUCAAUAAAAGAUUUAAUAAGCAGAUCCAAAAGAACCAGAUGUUGUUUAUAAAAAUUUUGAGACUGAAUCUUCAAUAUUAACAGAGGUAGAUAAUACUCAAGAUUACUCAAUUCAUGCAUUUGGUGAAAGAAUCAGUCAAAUUAUUGAUUAAAGCAUGAAUAUCUAUGAUGAUAACAUAAAAAUAAGGCACAACGAAAAGACCUUUACAAUUCAAUUAAAAAAUGGUUAAAUUCUAUAGAUAAUUGAAUAGUUAUAUCUGGAAAAGUGGAAUGAGUUAAUAAAAUAAUUACAUCUUACUAAACAAUAAAUGAAUUGCUAUAAAUUAUAAGAAAAUACUGAUUAGUAUUAUAUAAAUCAAGAAAUUCAGACUUUUAUAGACAGUAUCUAAUCAGUAGAAAUUCAAUUUUGUUUCUACUCUUGUUAUACUAUGAAAGAAUAAUAAUCAAUGAUGAAUAAAUACCUUUUGUAACGCUAAGUUUAAAUAGCAUAAAUAGGGGAUGAAUUUUAUCUGGUUUCAAGAGAGUAAUCAUAAUAAUUCCUAAAAGAACUAGCACAUCAAAUCUAUGAAAACUAUAGAGGUUAUAUGUUUAACUUCUCUAGUGCAAAACCUUAUCCAAAUUUAAUUUCAAGUAACCCUAUUUUAGAAAAAUCAAGAUAUCUCUUUUAUAAGAAAUAUUUAUCCUAGGAUGUUCAGUAAUAUUGCUUCAAUUAAUAUUUUAAUGAGAACUUUUUUUUUAUUGAAAUGAAUUUUUCAAAAAUUAAAGAAAAAAGAGAGUUAGUUGAAAAGUAAACAAAAGAAUAUAUUGGAGGUUUCCUAAAGAACCUACUUUUGUUAAAAUUUUUCAUUUAAACCACUUAAGACAUAGGAUUAAAAGUAGAAAAGCUUUUUCAGCUUGGUAUUUAAGAUUUGAAUGUUAAGAUUUUAUUUUAUAAAAAUAAUGAAGAUUUCAUUUUAUUUGGUAUUAAUGAAGAUAUUUUGAAAUUGUUAUGUCUUUUAGAAGAGAAGGUUUUUAAAUAUGAAUUUAAAAAAUUUAAUGUUGAAGUUGAUAAAUAAAACUUUUUGUUUAAAUUAAAGGGGGACUAAUUAAAAAUAGAUUUGGAUGCAAUUAAAGAUCUAUUUUAGAAAUUUGGUUUUUAGUAAGUAGAUAAUAAAAAACUUCAAUUUUCUACUUUGUAAAAUAGAGAUUAUAGCCUUUAGAGUUUAGUAAGAAUUUUAAAGUAUUUAUGCAUCAAUCGAGAAUAAAAUAAUAAUAGAAUGGCUUUAUAGGUUUUGCACUAGAAAUUCAGAAAUGCUAUUGAUAAAAACGAUUUAUAGAAAGAGCUACCACUUCUAAAAUAUAUAAAUUCUAACAAUAUAUAAUAAUUAUAACAAUAAUAACAACAACAACAAUAAUAAACUUAAGUAAUUUCACUUAAUAUAAGAGCUGACUUGUAAAAAUUUCCAAUAAGUCAAACCAUCAAUUUGGAACCUUCAUUCUUGGAUGAAAUAAUUUAAGACAACCUUUAUCAAGAAUUUUUAGAUAAAUUGGUUUCAAAUAAUUAGAAGAUAUAAUUUUUAAAAAUAUCGUAAGGAAAAUACUAACUUUAGUGUUUUAAUGACUAUGUUGUGACUUAAUUUAAACAAUAUUUCGAUAAAUUUCAAAAUGUUAAAUUAAUGUUAGAUAAAACUUCCUUAUCUUGCUUUGAACUUAGUCAUUAUUUAAAAAAAGAAUUUAAGAAGAGAGGCAUAUAUUGGAAAGUAAUUGGACCAGAAUCAUUAUAAUUAAUAACAAGGAAUAAUGAAUCUCUCAAAUACGCCUAAGAUUUCAAAUACUACUAAGGAAAAAAAAUUUCAAUGCUUAGUUUGAAAGAGACAAAUGUUAAUGAGAAAGUUGAAUAUUACAAGUUGGUUCUUGCCAGAACAAAUUAUUUUAAAUAUAAAAUUUAAGAUUUUCUAAAAUAAAUUUUGAAUUAAAUAAAAGAAAUUGAAUUCAGAGAAGAAUAGGAAAUCAGUUCCUUUUGUAUAAUUCAUUCAAACUUUGUUAAUUAGGGAUCACAACUUAAUAAAUAUAUAGAAUAAAUUUAGAAUUUAAUUGAAUCAAAAAUUUUCUUAGAAUUAAAAACUAAACCAGAAUAUGGAAAAAAGAUCCUUGAAAAAAUAAUAGAUUUAUCUGAUUUAUAUGUCUCUUAAAAAUAGGAAUAUUCAGAUUAUUACAUAACAAUACUUGGAAACAAAAAGAAUUUUUAGAAAAUUGAUUCCAUAUUUCAAAGGUUAUAAUUACCAAAUGAAUAAGUUAUUAAUUUACAAGUUAGUUUUUACAUUGAGCAAUUCAUACCCUAUAAGAAUCUUGUUCAAAAAACAUAAAAUCGAGAUAGAUUUAAAAAAUUCUUAGAAGGUAAUGGGUAUUUUGUUGAUGAUGCCAACAUUAAAUGGACUAUAGAAAUUAAGCAAUAAUUAUCAAAAACUAUGAUUUUUAAAAAUUUGACUGAAUGGACGAAUCAAGACUUAAUGCCAAAUAUAAGAAAUAAUGAUUUAUUACAUUUAGAAAUGGUAGAUUUAUCUUAGAUAAAUUCUGCACAAAAUAAUUACUUAGAAAUCGAAAAUAGUCUUCUUAACUUCCUAGAAAAAGAUAAUAACUAGUAUAAUAAAGUUGAGAAAAGAGAUUUUUAGAUAUUAUAAUAAAGUGGAUAUAUAGACAAUUAGGGUUUUUAAGAAAAUUAAAUAUUACCUUAAGAAUUAUCAUAGACAAAAUCUAUAAGUGAAAUCAGUGAUUAGGAUUCUAAUUUAAAUCUAUCCUCAUUAGGAAAUUAAGAAUAUGAUAUCUUGGCUGACUUUCAAAAAGGUGUACAAUAAAUAGAUUUCCCUGUCGAUUCUUAAUUAGCCCAGAUUUUAAGAGCUAAUUUCUAAAAUCUAAACAUUUUAGCCUUUUAGCCAUAUGUAGAUUAGAAUUAUAAGGAAUAUUUUUAGAGAUUGACAUCUGACAUAGUUGAACUUUAUGUUGUAUAAAAAGAAGACAAAGUUUAUGAAAAAUAAUUCUCAUAGAAAAUGUUGUAUUGGAUGAAACCAAAAUUGGCAAUCGAAAAAUUUCUCACAAAUCCACAAUAAAUUUUAAUAGUAUUCAAAGCAAAUAAGCUGUGUAAAUAUGUUAAUUAUAAAUGUAAAGAAAGGAUUAACUUAUAGGAAGGAAAUUAAGUGAUACCUGUUUAUUUUCUAAAGAGAAAAUGA